ACUGGAGAGAGGAGGAAAAACAACUGCUGCCUGAGACCACCUUGUCCCAUCUCAUCUCAUCCCAUCUGCUGGCUGGGUAGACUGGGUAUAGUUUGAAUUUGGGGGGAUGGUUGCCUAUGGCUGAUAUGUCAUUAUUGUAAACACUUCAUUGUACAUGGAGGUCUGAGUGGUGUAGAUAGGCUGACAGCUCUCAAAACAUUAUUAUCAUUGCCCCACUCUCUUUUUUUUAGAAAGCCUAAAAACCCAUGUGAUCUGAUCACAUACAAUAUGCAUUCCAGGUGUCAGGUGCACCUGCUUUUUGUUCCACCUCCACACACACACACACACACACACACACACACACACACACACACACACACACACACACCUGAGGCAGGCUGAUAAAAAAGUAUCCAACAUACAUUCAUACAUGCCCACAAACAGAUAUUGACAUACACAGACACACAUUAUUAUCUUAUAUGGAUGCAACUUCUAUUACCCCCACCACACACACACACACACAUGCACUCGGACUCCAAAGCCUGAGAUCACUCCACAACGCACCCCCCACCCCCAUGAGGAUUCAGUUUCGGAAAGCGAGACGAUGGCAAACAUGUUGUGGAACAACUGACCGUGAUCAUUGCAAGCAGCGCAGCAUGAGAGGACGUUGUGAGCUUUUACAAUGUGUGAAUAGAUGUGUUCUAAUGGAAGAAACCCGAUAAAUCAAUUAAAUGUGAAACAGCAUGAAGGCAUCUCGUUGUCAAGUUCCAGACAGUGGAUGCGCGCUGGAUCCAGAACCAACGACAGGAUGAACUGAGACAUUACGCGCAAGAGGUAGCCACGGGCAAGCGUUGGGGUUUAACCUCUAUGGAAACCAUUUCUGGGACAAACAAUUUGGUGAGGAUGUAGGCUAUCAAUGAAGAAUGUGACUGCGUCUGACUCUCUCCAAACGGGGUGGAUGAAGCCCUCGGCGGUGUCAUGCGUCUUGCCCCGCAGCCAAGCGCGCAACCCUUGCGGCUCGUAGUUCUGCUCCUCUUCACCACGGGGGUGAACACAUCCCCGGUGCUCUCUUCGGGCUGCCCGGACAGGUGUGUGUGUGAUGACCAGCUGGUGGUUCAAUGCGCUGGGCAGCACCUGACCACCUUCCCGGUCAACUUGCCGCUGGCCACGCGGCAGCUCAUCAUCUCCAACAACCGCAUCGUAGAGCUGCCGCCGCUCGCGCUCAACUACCUCUCCGAUCUGGUGUACCUGGACUGCAGCAACAACUCCCUGACGGAGAUAUCCGAGUCCACGUUUGGGAAUCUACGGAAGCUGGCCUACCUGGACCUCUCCUUCAACACCUUGACCCGGAUCGAGGACAGGACGUUCGGCCCCUUGACGAGCCUGGUGAUGCUGAGGAUGACCGACAACCCGGGGCUCUCGGAGAUUCACCCGGAAGCUUUUGCGGAAAACGCGGCUCUCCAGGUGCUAGAUGUGAGUCGGAACAACCUGACGGUCCUCAACAUCACCUCCCUGAUCGCGCUGCCCGCCCUGCGCUCGAUGGGGCUCAGCGGGAACCCGUGGAGCUGCGAGUGCGACAACGAAGACCUGUGCCUGUGGGUUCACCUGGAGGGCUUCAAGUUCCAAGAUGAGGGCCAGACGGUGUGUGGCUCACCUGCUGACAUGCAGGGCCGUCGUCUGGGUGAAGUGGGCAUCCAGCUACGAACGUUAUGUCACCAGACUCUGGGCUCCUUGGACUACCUUUUCUUUGUUGUCAUCGGCUUUGUCAUCUUUGCUGCUGGCACCGUGUCGGCCUGGGUGAUGGGCGUCAUUAUGGUGCUGUAUGAGCGCUACAUCAAGAAGAAAGACGAACAGCUGGAUGUGGACGACGAGGAUGAAAACAGUGAGACGGGUGGUACCUCGCGGGUCAGGAGUGACCAUGGCAAUGGGAAUUUGAAAAUGUCACACACUGUUUAAAAUAUUUAAUCCCACUCUGCCCGCCAUGGAUUCCCACAGUGCCUCCUGUCAGCUUCCAGGACUGUCUGUGAAGUCUAAUGACACUCCAGUCAAACUGAGUCUGUUUAACAGGCUCAGCUCUGAAAGACAAAAGAGAGGAUUCAACAGAGAUGAGGAAUGUCAUUCUUCUCAUUUGUAGUGGGCUUUCAGGUGAUGUAACACACACUCUGGCUGCCAUUGUGGAGGCCCCUAGCCCUUGGGUAUUACUGAUCAUGUAUGCAAAUGUAUGGCUUUUCUAUAUGGUUUAUUACUUGGUAAUAUUUGACUGGGAUGUGGUUAUACAGGGUGACAAAAGAGCCUAUAUUAGCCAAGCUGGUUAUCUUGGAAGCAGCUGGUUUUAGCUAGUAAUCAGCAUAAUAUGAGCACAUGCCUAUUUUGGCUUGUGUACCAGAAUCAGUGGUCACAUUUACCAGCUUAAAAAAUUGUCUCACAUUUUGGGAACUAUGCUUAUUCACUUUCUUGCCGAGAUUUAGAUGAGAUGAUUGAUACCACUCUCAUGUCUGGCCAUUAAAUAUGAAACUACAGUCAGAGACAGUUAGCUUAGUUUAGUGUAAAAACUGAAAAACGGGGAAGCAGCUAGCCUGGCUCUGUCAAAAGUUUAGAAAAUCCGCCUACCAGCACCUCAUUACUUAACAUAUUAUAUCUUGUUUGUUUUUGCUUGGUCAGGAGUCUCUCCCCAUCGCCUGGCAACUGCUCCCCGCCAAGAAACAGCAUGGCACUUAAUUCUCUCAUGAAAUGGCAAAUAUUUAUUUUUGCACUUCGGUUUUUGUACAGAUUAAACAAAGAAGAUAUGUGUUUAUUAGUGAGCUUUAGAGGUGCUUGUAGGCAGAUUUUGUUGCAUUUGGACAGAGCCAGGCUAGCU